AUGAAUGUGGCUCACAAAGUGUUGCAACAUACACCUGCUAUCAUAUGGAAACUUGUUUUUCUUGUAUUGGAUGUGGUGAACUUCUGGUUCACUCGAAUCCUCAGUCUCGCUAGACAUUCUUCCACUAGAAAGCUUCGAAGAUCCCUCUCUAAGUGCAAAACCUUUGAGGAGUACGAGCCGAUAGCCACCCAGUUGGAUGCUGCUAGUGGCUACGAUAUUUGGAGACAGAAUUUUGCUAGCAGAAGAUACGAUUAUAAGCUGAUACAUGAACGAUUAUUGGGUCUUCGAAAGGCUCGCAUGGCUGGCGAUUUUAAACGGAUAGUGAGUCUUCUGAGAUCCGGUCUAUUACGUAAUUUCGGCGGCAUCUCAAGCAAGCGACUUUACAACAAGUCAUACAUUGGAACCAAAAUCUUGAUAGAGGAAUAUAUAAGCGAGGUACUGGAAUGUCUUAAGUUUGUCUCUGAGAUGGAGUUGCCUGACAAUACCUUAGAGAUGGUCACAUUUUAUCAAGCGAAGCUUGAUUUUUUUCACGAGGCGAAGCAGACAAUAGGAACCACUGCAUUGAUAUUACAGGGAGGCACCCUUUUCGGCUUAUGUCACAUUGGUGUGAUUAAAGCGCUGUAUGAACAUGACUUGUUACCAAAUGUCAUCGCUGGUUCCUCUAUUGGUGCUGCUGUUGGUGCUAUGGUGUGUUCUCUUGGACCCAAGGAGCUGGAAAUACAUCUCAAUAAUCUUGUCGACCUUUUACCGCCACCUGAGAAGAUUCACAACGCAUCUCAUGCAUCUCCAACAACUACCAGUAAUGUAAUAGAGAGCGUGCUUCGUAGGGGAUUCAGUCAGGAUACUCUGAUAUUUCUCGACUAUGUCAAGGAACUUUUAGGUGAUUUAACCUUUGAGGAAGCAUAUCUAAAGGCAAACAGGAUUCUCAAUAUCGUUGUUUAUCCAACAGAUCAUUCGUUUCCCACAUUACUCAACUAUCUUAGCUCUCCAAAUAUCACUAUUAUGAGUGCCGUCAACUGCUCUCUAGGAUACAAUAUAUUGGGAAGAGAUGUUCAGCCUCAUAUUAAAACAGAGGGUGGGAAAAUAAUCCCAUACAGCAUCUUGCACAGAAAGUGCCAGUUCAUGACACCAUAUCAUGCCAGAACACUAACGAACCCAGGACAAGAUGGAAAAGAUGGUAUAGUUUCACCUUACACUCGUUUAACAGAACUGUUCAACGUCAACCACUUUAUGGUUUCUUUGGCAAGACCAUAUUUCGCACCUCUAAUAGGUAUUGAUUUCCGACAUAGCAACUCAAAAUGGUCUCUCAUGAAAACUAUCGAUAGACUUAUCAGUCUCGAGUUUAGACAUAGAGUUGAGCUGCUCGAUCGAUUUGGACUCCUAUUCAGUUUCUUCAAGUGGGCAGUUACGGAUGAAACUGCCCCUUUAUACGCUGGCAACCAAAUUCCGAUAGUGCCGGAGAUGAAGACCCUAUUCAAAGACUUUAGGCGGAUUUUUGAUGUCGAUAAAUAUGACACCAACAUACCUUACUGGAUUAUGGUUGGCGAGCAAUCCGUGUGGCCGUUGUAUCCGCUGCUGCAAACACGUUGUGCAAUUGAGUUCACAUUGGAUGACUAUUACAACAUGUAUCGUAAGAAUGAGAAGGUGGUGUAA